AUGCCUCCCAAAACGACCUCGAAGAUGGCCUUUCCACGCCUUAAAGACGUCACUCUCGGUGAUAAUAGAAUCAAUUCGUUCAAUCUGGAGUUCCUGCAAGGCCUUCAUGAAUUGGCCAACCUUGACCUCAGUCGAAAUCGUGUUUCAUCUGUGCCAGAGGGCAUUCCACAGACUCUGCCUGCUCUGGCUCGAUUGGACCUCUCAAAUAACGAAAUAAAGAGCAUUCCAACCGAACUGGGUUUUAUGGAGUCCCUAAAUGUACUAGCCCUCAAUGGAAAUCCACUUCGAAGCAUCGGGCAAAAUGUCAUAAAUUCUGGAACAGAGGCACUAAAAACAUUGCUAAGGGAGCGUCAUAGGCCGGAAGACAUACAGGAGCCCAAAAAGGGACCACUAACAGCUCCUUGUGAUAGUGAGCCAGUUGUACCCACAAAUCUCUAUCAGAAUCUACCGGCUGUGAUCGUAGGUUCUGGUGUUGUUGACUGGGGACGCCGAGCGAAAAAGCAGACCGGAGGACACCGAUUUGGUGCGCCCACAAAAGAUGAGAAUGAAGAACUUCCUCCUCUGGAUGAUCAAGAAGUCUGGAAAGCAGUGGCUCUCAGGGGAUGUAAUGUGGACGUCCCAGUAAAGAAGCUUUUUCUCUCCAAUCAUGGGAUCGAAGCGUUUCCGAUGGGGGUCAUGGCCUUCCGAGAAUCAUUGAUAGUUCUGGAUCUUUCUCAUAACAAGCUCUCACAACUUCCAAAUGAAAUUGACUCACUUUCAAGGUUGGAAGAACUUAACCUAAGUACCAAUGCACUUACUUCGCUUCCAGUCACUCUUUCCAAACUUUCAACACUGGCGGUACUCAUUUUGGAUUUUAAUCCUGGGCUGGGACCUGAAUUGCCCAUAGAAGCCCUCUUUAAGGAACCACUUUGUCGGAGUCUGCGAGAAUUAUCGGCUCGUGGAUGUCGGUUGACAACUCUACCAUCAGCUAGUUUUUUAUCUGCUGAUAGAAUGCCAGAAUUGCAAACUUUGAAUAUCUCCGACAAUGAUAUUGGAACUCUUGAACCGAGGCUGGGUCUUUGCACACAGAUCCGGUAUGUCGACGUAAAAUGCUUACUUAGUAGAUUUCAGUCGGCUUGA